CAGGCCAGAGCCGUGCAUUGUGGGAAAUUUAAUGGCGGCUUCCAUGGAGAGGAGGCGGUGAACUACAUGUUCGUGUCCUUCUUCUUUGCCGGUACGGGGCCUCAGAGGUGCUCUGCCCUUGGUACUGUUGGUGAUGAUGAUGAGAAGAUUAUUGAUUAGACUGAAUCCUACCAUGUGGAAGUCAUGCAACCAUGGAAUCCCGAUACUGAAAUGGAAAGAUGCUUGUGACUUAAGGCCAAAUCCAUGUUUGCUGCAGCAAAGGUGUUUACCCAGGGAUAUUAACACAUUCAGCCCAUUGUGCAUCAGGCAUUUUAGCACUAAGGGGAAGGGGAUAUUUAAAAGCACUGCAGUGAAACAAAAUCAGGUAAAGAAAGAAGUGGAAAUAAAGCAAAAGAUGACCAUCUCUGAACUUGCAGAAGCAAUGGAUAAAGAUACAGAUCACGUCUUUGAAGCUCUGUUGCACACAAAUAUUGAUAUGGACUCCUUAGAUGAUGAUUCUGUCUUGGAUGAAAAAUGGAUAAAAGAGAUCAUAAAAGUAUCUGGAAUGAAGUUUAGAUGGGCAAAACUUUCAGAAGAAAAAGUGAAAGAAUGUAAAGAUGCUGUGAAGAGGCCACCUGCAGAUCCAGCAGUAUUAGUUUCUAGGUCACCCAUAGUCACUGUCAUGGGUCAUGUAGACCAUGGAAAGACAACGUUACUUGACAGCCUUAGAAAAACCCAAGUGGCAGCAACAGAGGCAGGAGGAAUCACUCAGCAUAUUGGAGCAUUCCUUGUUCAUUUACCAUCUGGUGAAAAGAUAACCUUCUUGGAUACCCCUGGUCAUGCAGCCUUUUCAGCAAUGAGAGCCCGAGGUGUCAAUGUGACAGACAUUGUGAUAUUGGUUGUUGCUGCAGAUGAUGGAGUAAUGAAGCAAACAAUAGAAUCAAUUCAACAUGCCAAAAAAUCUAAUGUUCCAAUAAUACUGGCAAUAAAUAAAUGUGACAAACCAGAGGCAGAUCAUGAAAGUGUAAAGAAGGAAUUGUUAGCCUAUGAUGUAGUUUGUGAGGACUAUGGUGGUGAUGUUCAGUCGAUAAAUGUAUCUGCUCUUAAGGGAGACAAUUUGAUGGCUUUAGCUGAAGCUACUGUUGCUCUAUCUGAAGUGCUGGAGUUGAAAGCAGAUCGUACAGGACCUGUUGAGGGUAUCAUUAUUGAAUGUCGGAAUGAUAAAGGAAAAGGACCAGUUACCACAGCUAUUAUCCAGCGUGGAACAUUGAUGAAAGGUUGUGUCCUGGUGGCAGGAAAGAGCUGGGCUAAAGUUCGAUUAAUGUUUGAUGAAAAUAACAAACCAAUGAAUUCUGCUGGACCAAGUACUCCAGUUGAAAUAGUAGGUUGGAAAGAACUUCCAUCUGCAGGAGAUGAAAUACUUGAAGUGGAAUCAGAGCAAAGAGCCAGAGAGGUUUUGGAAUGGAGGAACUAUGUCGAAGCACAGGAAAAAUUCAAACAAGACCUUGAGGUGAUUGAAGCAAAACAAAUGGAACACCUGGAGGCAUACAAGAAAGAUCGAGAGAGCUUUAGUAGCCUGAAUUGGAGACAGAGAAAAUCUGCAAUGUACAAGGCCAAUAAACGUCUAAUGGUAACAAGGCCGAAAGAGAAGAGUGAAUUGGACAAAUUUACACUUCCAAUAAUAGUAAAAGGUGAUGUUGAUGGCUCUGUGGAAGCUAUUCUAAACAUCUUAGAUGCUUAUGAUGCUGAUGAACAGUGUAAACUGCAAGUGAUUCAUUUUGGUGUUGGAGAUGUUAGUGAAAAUGAUGUAGUCUCAGCUGAGACUUUUUCAGGUUUGGUAUAUGGCUUUAAUGUAAAGGCCAACAAAGUGGUACAACAGAUGGCUAACAAGAAAGGAGUAAAAAUCAAAUUGUAUAAGAUUAUCUAUCAGCUCAUUGAUGACCUUAAGGAUGAACUGAGUGCCAAAUUACCCCCAGUACUUGAAGAAAACGUAAUAGGAGAGGCAUCGGUGUUAGCAAUUUUUCAUGUUACAGUAGGAAAAAAGGAGGUUCCAGUAGCAGGUUGUAGAGUUCACAAGGGUCAAUUGCACAAAAAGAUGAAAUUUAAGCUAAUACGUGAUGGCCAUAUUUUGUGGAAAGGUUCCCUCACUUCUCUCAGACAUCUGAAGGAUGAUGUUUCUGUUGUGAAGACUGGCAUGGAAUGUGGCCUCAGCUUGGAUAAUGAUAUUGAUAUAAAGCUUGGUGAUGAAAUUAUUUGUUAUGAAGAAAAGGAGGUUCCUCAAAAUAUCUCUUGGGAUCCAGGAUUUUAAUCCUCAUUAUUGCCAGGAACCUGUUAUUUUGAAUAAAAUUAAAUGGCACUACCAUUGUAAAUUAUGUAAAGUAAAAUGGAUUAAACAGAUAAGAGAUGUUUUUUAUUUGAAAUUUUCUUUAGAAUGCAAACUGCUAAAAAAUCUGUUCACAUCUUUUAUUACUUCUCAUAGAAGUAUUAUUAAACUUUAAGGAAUUAAUUUAUUGUUUUAGUGAAGCAGUACAGAUUUUUGAACAAACCCCAAAAAGGUCUAUGAAUAUAAAAUAACAAAAUCAGUCUAUGGCUCAGAUUUCAAAUCACAAUUUAAAAUACUUUAAGUAAUGCACUUGUUUUAAUUUUAUUUUGAUUAAUUAUUGUAAAUAUGGCAAAAGCAGAUUGUGCAAUAUGCUAAUAUAUCUGAUACUGUAUAUGGUGUAAUUUUUUAUUAGAGCUGUGUUCUUAACCGUGGGUUGCCAACAGCUGCAAUUUUUAAUGUUAUGAAUUUGGCUCAUGAUAAUUCAGUUUUUGAAGAUAAAGAUCUUCAACACGAGAGCUAAGCUGCAUCUUGGUCUCCAUUUGUUUUGUAUACGGAUAUCUAUUGUCAGCGUUUUGACCAUUGGAAUCACAAAGAUUUGCACUAAGAAAAGGCAUUGAUUGGAAUGGCAACAGAAAGAGAGUUAUAAUUGAAGGUUUUUGUCGAUCCCUGAACUUGAAAGUGUAAGUAAGGGGUGGGGGGGGGGGGGGUGAAUAGAUUCAAAUCAAGCCUCCUGUUAAUUAAAAAAAAUUGUAACUUUAAAAUAGAUUUCAGUACAGUAUCUAAAAUGAGUAUAUGAAAAUAAUAUUAAAUAGUUCUUGGGAAAUCAUUACUGCACAAAAUGUUUUGGGCCAGACCUGAUGAAGAGUCUUUGCCCAAAACGUUGAGUAUUUACUUUUCUCCAUAGAUGCUGUCUGGCCUGCUGAGGUACUCCAGCAUCUUGUGUAUAUUGCUUGGAUUUCCACAUCUGCUGAUUUUCUCUUGUGAUUGCACAAAAUAUUUAUCUAUUGACAUUUUGAUCCUAAAUUUUGGAUUUUCAGUAUUUCUAGCAUUUGUAUUUCAGAAUUCAGCAUUCAUACCACGUUCUUAAUUUUUUUUCUCUUUGAGGGUCAUGAACCUAUGGAACACUCUUCCUCAAAGGGCAGAGAAAUCAGUCUUUGAAUGUUUUUUUUAAAACAAAGUUAGGUUCUUGAUAAGCAAGGGAAUGAAAGAUUACCGGGUUAGAUGAGAAAAUAGGAUUAAGGUUACAGAUUUGCUGUACUAUUUAAGAGAUGCAAACUCUGGGGGCCAAGAGGUCUACUGCAACAAUUUGUAUAUACUUCUGUGACAGAAGUAAACAUUCUGUUUACAGCCCCAUGAAAUUUUUGAACCCUAGUACCUGGUUCAAAAAUAAAUCGUGCAAAUAACUUAAGUUACAAAGCCAGUAUCACUGCAGCCGAUUCAGGAGCCCAUUAGUUGCAGGGUACAAUUCCGUGUGGAGAUGAGUAAAUCUUGCAGAGCAGUGAGCUAAACCUGCCCAUCCCAACACCGAGUUUACAUCAUCCAAACUUCAGGUCGUUCCUUGCUCUUGGACAUGGAUCCUGCCACCUCGAUAAGCACUUGGGCCCCUCCGCCUCAAUUUGGCCCAUACCUGACCUUUCCAAUUCAGCCCAGUGCUUAAAUCAAUCAAACCUCGGGUUGUUCCUUGCUCUUGGUCUCAGUCCUUGCCACUUACAUCUGUUUCUGUGCCAUUUACCAGCUCACUAUAGUGGCCAGAGUUAAGUGUAUUAAAAGGUUAGCAAUUGGAUGUCAAUUUUCUUGGAACGCCAACAAAAUGGGGCUAUGAAUCCUUGGGACAGUGUCAAGUUCUUUGAAAGAUAAAUUUCCUAAAACAUUUUAUCAAAGAUGUAUGUAAGCACUGGGGAGGCUGACAAAAUGCAGGACCCCCUUACCUUGUUGCAGAAGCCAUUAUUUGCUCUAUCUCAUUUCUUCUUCCCUUAAGUUCAGAAACAGCUCCAAGUCUAGAUCUGGAAAUAGUAUUGGUGGGCUAUAUUCUACAGUUCCAGUAGAUGCAGGUCUGUAAUUUGCAUAUUUCUAAUAUACAAUUAGUGCAAUAACUAAAAACCCCAUGACUGACGGAUCUCUAAAAAGCAUUCAUGUAGAACAGAGGCAUAUCCUUUCCAUACUAACUGAUUAGUUCGGCAUGUUGUAUCUGAAAUUGAGAGAUCAAUACAUAAAAUGCUAGAGGAUGGCAGAGAACAAUUAAUUCCUGCUUCCAGAUUUGCUUUCUUGAGAAAAUAACCACCUGUUUCUUUACACUAAAAAAAUGUUAAAGCUUGUUUGACAUCUUGAAAUAAAUCUUAGGAUUGUAUAUGGUGAGUUUAAUAAAUUUACUUUGAACUUUC